AAACUUGCCUGCGCAUACUAUCAGUGGAAACAGUUUAUUGCCGGUAGUGCGUGUUGUUUAUCUUGAGUUGACGUUUUAGUUGUUUACAUUUGUUCUUAUGAAGUAUAUGAACUUUUGCGCAGCCUGAAGUAUCUCGAUAUAUGAUGUUGUAAAGAGGGCCGAGUUGCGGACGACGACACGAAGAUAGUGUUUGAGAGCUGUGUUGAACAUUCCACAUUUGUUGAGCCCUGCCCAUUCAAGAUGGUGUCAUACUGCCAGCAGAUGGUCAUGUUCUCAAGCCUCUAUGUGGGCUACAUGCUGUUUGUCUAUGUGAGGAAGUCCUUCUCAUUUUCCACACCUGCCAUCAUGGAGGAGGAUGUCUUGGAGAAAAGCCAGCUAGGUUUGAUAGUGAGCAGUCAGAUGUUCGGCUAUAUGGUGAGCAAGUUUAUCAGCGGCAUCCUGGUUGACUUCUACAGCCCCACCUUCCUGUUUGCUGCGGGACUGUUCUUCACUGGAGUUACUGCUGUCACAUUUACAGUGUUCAACUCAUGGAUGAUAUUCACAGUCAUCUGGUUCCUCAAUGGAAUUGUUCAGGGGACUGGCUGGCCGGCAUGUGCUGUCCUCAUUAAAAGGUGGUUCUCCCCGGAUCAGUUCGGCACAUGGUGGAGCAUACUGUCUACAUCCAUGAACACUGCUGGCACAGUUGGUCCUCUGGUGUCAGCAGCCCUUGUUACCUCGCAUGGCUGGAGGAUAGGCAUUAUAGCAUCAGGUUUGAUGGCGAUGUGUUUUUCUGGCGUGUGUCUCCUGCUGCUACAGGACUACCCGCCAGGCAGUGAACCAAAGGCAAAACUGGAUGCUCCCAAACUCAAAGAUUUCUCAUUAGCACAACAGAAGUCUCGUCUGCCAGUGUUGUUCAGCUGUCCAUUGUACGUGAUGGUCUGCAUCAACUACUGGAUCGUAUCCUUCAUCCGUGGCGGCUGCAACGACUGGGGUCAGCUCUAUCUCAUAGAGGAAAAGGGGCAACCAUCAUUUAUUGGAAGUGCUUUCACAAGCAGCCAGGAAGUUGGUGGAAUUGUGGGAUCGGUACUUGCAGGCUACAUAUCCGAUUAUUUGGUUUGUAAGAAAGGAUGGCAGGUGAAUCCACGUCUGAAGGUGGUGUUGUGGUUUACCUGGAUGACAGCUGUGUGUAUCUACCUGUUGUUGUACUAUGUUAAGGCGGACUCACCUAAAUUUUGGGUCAGUGCCCUCGGGUUUGGUAUUGGCUUUGGACUGUAUGGUGCCACGGCUAUGUUUGGAGUCACAUCCAUGGAAACCGCUCCAUCACGCAUGGAGGGAACAGCUCACUCCAUUGCUGCCCUUGCUUCCAAUUUGGGUAUUGUAGCAUCGGGCCUUCCUCUGAGUCUGAUUGCAAGGUUUUACAACUGGCAUGCAUCAUUCAUCGUCCUUGGUUACCUAUCGAUGGGGUCAGCACUGCUUGCUUACUUCAGUCAGUGGCCAUUCAGUCCGCCAUCAGAACAGGAAGAAGUUGACAAUGCUGACGACAAGAAAACAAACUGAAGCGAUGUCAUUGUUGUUUUAUUUCACAUCUCAGUCAGAAUCAUUCAGCAUAUUUUACAUUCAGAUGGGAUUUAUCCAGACAUAUAGAUAGUAGUGUAUAAGUCUAAGCAGAAAUGGUUCUUGAACCAGAUUGAAAGGACAAGAUGGGCUGUUUAGUAGGGGUGAAACGGUACGCUCUUACCAAAGUAUGGUAUGUAUUACGGUACAAGGCAUUCAGUUCGGUCCGUUUCGGUUCGGUAUAUGAGAUAUGAUCAUAGCACAAAAAAUUGACAAGAGCCAAACCUUUCAUUGUUUAGUAGCAUGGGAAAAAAAUAACCAUAAUCUUUGCUAUUUUGAAUGAACAAAAUUGUCAUUUAAUGACUAGAUAGAAGAACGGUACGAAAAGCGAAAAUACCGAAUUUUUGGAUUGCAUUAUGGUAUACUGAACCGAAGGCAAAAUACUGAGGUUCUAGUAAUACCGCGGUAUACCAUUUCGCCCCUGCAUUCAAGUUCUUUUUUUUUCCAAAUAAGACAUGAAGUAAAUGUUGUAGGCAUUGUUAACCCUACAGCCUCGCUCCAAUCAUUUGAUUGUAUCAACAUGUUCAUCAAGACAAACACAUUAAUUACAAUUACUUCAGCUUGAACUUCCUUGCAUUCAGUAAAAUUGUGAUACUCCGGACACCGGGGAUGUCCAUCAUCCUUAUAAUGACUUCCUCGCACUAUGUUUGUUCAUGAGACCUCAUCAGCUACCCAAGUCAGUUAUUUACAGUAUUAAAGCAGUGUUUUAAUAUUUUCCAACCAGAUUGGCAAGUCUCAAUAAUUUGUCAGUCCAGUUAAGAAGUUGUCAGACCAGACAUUUAUGUAACUGACAUGUUCCAUACAUUCCAUGUUACAUUACCAAAAGUUACACAAAGUAUUCUCAUUGGAUGCUUUCUAUGGAUGCAGAGUAAAUUGAGCCAAUCAGCAAUUGCCAAAGUCAACAUCACUGUCAAAUCUCAUCAACUGGUCAUACAUCAUUCUUCUAUGCAGAAUAAUUAUUGGACAUUUCCUGUGACAUAUAAACAUCGGGUUAUUUUCUAAAUAUCACUUUACGAUAUAAGUUCAUACCUCUAUUUUACUAUGUCUAUGACAAAAAGCAGCCAGACAGUCUGACAUGCAUAUUUUAAUUUGCCAUCUUAGCCUGUCUUAGACAGGUGGGUUGGGGGGAUAUGGAAAACACUGGUUAAGAUGUUUGAAUCUCUUCAAGAGCUGUACCUGUUUAGCUCUCAUCAAUUUUAAUGCAGACUAGAUGAAGGUCAGUUUAGUCAGCAAUCUUGAAUUUCAAAUUUUGUAGCCCAUUGUAACAAUUUGAUUCUGUUGCCCAUUUCAAAAUAUCCAAUAUAUGAUUGCUUUAUUAAUGAUAUGUGAGUGAUAAAUAUGAAUGACUUCAUAUUGAUCAUAUAUCAUUAGCAUCACAUUGUGCUCAUUUACGGUCUCGUAACAUAACUGUAACUUAAGAGAGAUUAUGCUUAAACCCAUAACUCAAGAACACCCAUUUUGAGCCACAUCAUCUGAUUUCAUUCAUGCAGAAAAAGAUGUCAAGGAAAAGUUAAAUGGAUAACAUUAAGUAACAGCAACAUACAUAUACAUUACUGAAUCAUUCAGUUCAUUGUAUUGUGAGCUGUAAAACAGCAGGUGACUUGAGGGAACUACAGGUGAUACGCAAGCAGUAAAUGUGAUCCAGAAAAUAGUCUAGCGAUAUUUAUAGAGGCUCUUUUAUACAACCAUCUUCAUUGAUCUAGUCAUUUUACAGCAUUGUCACCAUUCAAACUUCCUUCAAGACCUCUUUUGUCCAUAUAUUCAUGAUAGCCUUGCAUUGUUAUCAUAAAUGUCCUUAUAUUAUUUACCAACUUAAGUUCAUGAUUGCAUCUUAAACACAACUAUCUUUACAUAUGAUGUCCUUUAAUCUUUGUCACAUCUCUUUUUGAACCUCAUUCUGUUCUUCUUAUAUUAUCCAUGUAUUUUUUCAUGUAAAGUUAACAUCCUUAAGUCUGUAUCAUUAUGUUGGAUAUCCCCAUGUCCUAAAAACUCAUUAAGUUUUGUCUUUAAGUGUUUACAUGUCCUUAUGUCACAUGCUCUUAUGUCUUUGAUGAAGUUCACUCAAGUCUCAUGAACGUAAUGUUAUGAAGUCCACAUCAGUUAUACUGUACAGUCCUUAUGUAGUUAUACUGUAUUUUUAGUUUUUUGUUAUUUUGUUUUCAUUUCUGACUGUUGUCUGAAGAUCUUUCUUACUCCACAAUGUUAGUGUCAGUUAGGCCAGAAACUUAUGUUCCAAAUCAUAAGAUCAGCAUGUUUUGUCUCAGUGGGCAGAACUCCAUGGCAACAGUGAUGGAGGUUCAUUUAGGCAAGGAAAGGUAACUUUUUGUUGGCAUCUGAGAUUAUCUAUUCAGCUGAAUUUUCUAUUUGCAUGGCAUGUUUUGAAUGAUCCGCCAUUGUUUUAAACUUUUCAUGGCCUUUGGUGUGCAAAUUUCUUACUUGUUCUAUGCUUUCAAGUUGGAAGGAUAGGCAGAUCUAAUGUUUCCUGGUGUUUGUAUAGGCAUAUGAAUUUGCAUAAAGUUUAGAAUACCUGAAGAAAAAAUGAUCUUUGGAGUUGUUAAAAAAAUGGAUGUUUAAUCUCAAGAAAAAGAAUCUACAAUUGCUCUUAGGUGUCUGAGGAACAAAGGUCUUUCACUGUACAGGAUUCUCUCAAACUCUGCCCGAUAGUUCAGUUGUCUUUGUUAUCUGUUCUUCAAAACAUCUUAAGACUACCUUUAUCAAACCAAGAACAGCAUUGAAACUGUGCAUGAAACAUGUACAAGUAGAAUAUAUCAUAGCAAGUAUGAUUCAAGUCCCCCACGUUCUUGUCCUUUGGCAAGUAGACAUGUUUCGGAUUGUUUUGCCAUACACUUGUUUAGAAUCCACCUCAAAAUUUUCACCACUGCCUUGAUCCAUAGAUGAAGAUGAUAAUUACAAAGUACCCAACCACUCAAGUACUCAUCGGGAAAA